AUUUACUAGUUAAUAAUGUUUGCGGUUUCUUGUAGUUGUAUAUUAUUUUUGCUAAUAAGGCUCAGUACAGCUGAUCAUAUGAUGCAAUUGGUUAUCAAUGCGUUUUCUGAAUACAAUUCAGUUCACUGCCACAUUUUACUAUUUUCGAGUUCUGGUAUAUUCUAUGAGCAAAGAGCAUUGGUCGAUUUUUAUAGAGCUGCUAUACUGAAUAAUUAUACACCAACAGUCAUGGAGAAUAUAAUUGACGAAACUGGAAAAAACAAUACCUUCUACAGCCGAAACCAAUGCGUUAGACCGCUCAGAUCAUUUAUUAUGGGUAAUGUUAGUAACAUCGCCAAGUAUAUGGUAAUAGCAGAAAGGAGUAAAAAUACAUUAAAAGAUAUAUGGUUAUUGUUUGUAAAAGACAGUUAUGAACAAGAACUGAUAAUCAGUCAAGUAGAACUUUCGAUAAGAAGCGAAGUAUACAUAGCUAGACGAACAGUUGAUGGAUAUGAAUUUUGGGAAAUUUAUCAAACUGCUAAGAAAGAGUCAAUUCGUGCAAUCUAUUAUGGUAAUUGGACCAUCGAUGCAGGUUUAUCUGUAACGGAAUUGAGCGUAUUGGAGCGACGAAAUAAUUUCAGAGGAGCUGUUCUUCGUGCUAUUAUGUUUGAAACGGACAGAUAUACUAAAACUAAGGAAAGUCUUCAAACAAGAUUAAUGAAAUGUGUUUGGAAUUUGCUCGAAGAGAAGUUAAACUUUACGACAAAACCUGUGGUCUUGUUAGAUAGUUAUUCGGAACAUCAAGUUCACAAUAAUAACUGGAACGACAUAAUUUUUGGAUUAUUAGCUAAGAAUAAAGCAGACGUAUCCAUGGUAGCCCCCUCGGCAGAGUCCUUUAGCCCACAUAUUAUAGAUCAGAGUGGCCUCCUUGACAAAACUGAGUAUAGAAUAUUUAUAAAAAAAUACGAAGUUGGUCUGGACUCAUGGUUUCAUUUUUUCGAUCCAUUGAGACCAAAUGUAUGGUACGUGACAGUUUUAAUGACUGUUAUGUUGUCGGUGAUGAUACUAUUGAUGAAUCGUAUUGCCUGCAAAGUUGGCCUUAUUAAAUCUCGGUAUUAUUAUUCAGAUGUGUGUAUUGCACUACACCGCAUGUUAUGCUUACAAGGAGGAGAUAUACAACAAGAACUGUCUUCCAUGAGUCUGCUAUUUGUGUUUAUAAAUUUUUGGACAUACUUAAUUCAAAUCAUGUAUUCCGCUGCUUUGGCUUCGAGCAUGGCUAUCAAACACUACGAAGUUCCAUUUCACUCAUUGAAAGAACUUCUGGCAGAUGGCAAUUACGAAUUCGGUGUUCAUCGAUACAGCACAGAAUACGCUCUUUUUUACAGAACGAAUGAUACGUUUCUUAUGAAAUUGAAUACAGCUGUGAUGGAGCAAAAUGUGUCUAAGCUACCAACAACAUAUUUAGAAGGACUGAAACGAGUUUGUUCUGAAAACAAAUAUGCUUUUAUGGCUGGCAAACUGCAUGUUUUUGAAUUACAAUCUCAAUUACCUUGCGAGCUUCACUACUUAACAGAUGAAGAAUAUACAGUGAAUAGUGCCUAUGCUAUGUCUAAACAUAAUGAGUAUUUGCCCCUCAUCAAUGGAUGGUUGUGCAAAUUAAAGGAAGCUGGGUUGAUAAGCAAAAUUAAUAGCGACGUGCUAGGGCUUAGACAACAUUUCUCGGAUGAUUCGCGGACUUUUAAAAGCAGAGAACUUCAAGAUACAAUCAUUUUACAACUUCUGUUUAUUGUAGGUAUUAUACUAUCGAUUGUGACACUUUGUGCCGAAAGAACAUAUAACAGGAUGAGAAGAAAUGGUCUAAAAGCAAGAACUACUUCUGUUCACAGUUAGGAAUAUGACAAGGAGUUUGACUUAAUUAUACUGGCAUAUUCAUGAACAACAAUCGAUCUGAAAUAAUUGAAGGUUUUUACUCUCCAAACUGUAUUGUAUACAGGAAAAAAAAAUUCAGUAUUUCGUUCAACAAAAUUUUGUCGUUGAGUAUUGUAUUUACUUCAUAAAUUUCAAACUUGAAUGGUAUUAAACAAUGAAGCUUAAAAAAUACUUGAGUCUAAAGCAAAUUCUUUUUGUACUUUGUGUGAACACAAAUUACUGAUUCAACUCCUCCACGUAUAAACAAACACAAAAUAUGAUUGUGUAACUUCAGCCACGUUUGAGGGCUAUACAAAUAUGAUGAUAAAUGUUCAAUAUCUAUAACAAAUCAUGUUGAUAAUACAUGAAUGUAAAUGACCUUCAAUUGGAGCUUCUUAUACUAACAUAAUUUA